AUGGGUAAGAAAACUAAAAACAGCCCAGUUUCAUCUGUGGACACAAUGGGCAACUCUACCACCGACAUCAACGUCUCUCUCGAGCCUCAUCUCAUCGCCUCUCUGCAAGUUGUAUAUCCCCUCCUGCCUCACCAACUCGCUCAAGAACUCUGUCCGUUUCUCUCAGAUCCACCCCCCGCAAUCAUUCCAUACAAUGUCUUGUAUGCACUCUCUCAAUGGGCCCGCACAGAGCAGUCCCAGACAACACUCAGGUCCAAAGGUCUUGAGCCCCAUGCUUUCUCUAUGAUAUCUCUCCUAGCUGGCACCAUCACCUCUCCAGAACGCAAAUUCGGCGACUAUGUUCCUCCCAAGGAGCCAGAAGACAUCGCCGCUGAACGCAUACGAGAAAGAAAGGCUAUCACCGUUUUGCUCAAUGCCCUCCUCAGCAUCGCAGGCGUAGCUUUCGCUGCUUGGUGGGCGGCCGAUAAAACUGGAUGGGCGAACGAAUGGCGAGUGCUUUUCGCCCUCUUUGCUGCCAUCGUUGUUGCAUUAGCCGAGGCCGUCCUCUACAUAAUCUGGCAGUCACGCCAAUCUAAAUCCCCCAAGGCAAGGAGGCGGUUGGCGAGGCACAAGAAAGUGGACCAACCACCUGAAUCCAAUUCCACGGAACAUUCGCAACGGACAUCCGAGUCCGAGUCCGUACAUGAAAAGUCCACCUUGCGGCAGAGGCGGCCAUGA